GUAAAAAUAGACACGAGAUCAUGUGUAGUCUAUGGUGCACGUGUCUCCUCUGCUCUGACAUCAACAGGCGGAUAACCCGUAUUUGGUUACACCGGACUCAGACUUGAGGGGGAAUUUUUCCAAUCAGAUAGGCCUACGGGUUGUCGUUUCUACUGCGCUCAGUGCACUAGUGUAGGCUAAACAUGUCUCACAAAGCUUGUUACACAAGCCCCGGAGCUGGGGGUAAGCGACCCCGUAACGACACAGGGAACAAGUUGACAGUUGUACUUGGUGCACAGUGGGGCGAUGAAGGGAAGGGAAAAGUGGUCGACUUGUUGGCGACAGAGUCGGACAUCAUUUGCAGAUGCCAGGUGAGGAAAUAAGAUUCAAAUGUACUCAUUUUUUUCUUAUUUGUUCUUUGUUAUACAUGCAUUUUUUUUAUUUUGCAGAAGUUGCACUUGCAAGAUAAUGGUGCGCAAAGCCGCUCUUCUCUCCAAACCUUUGCUUUUUAUUUUGACCCAAAUUGCUUUACGCACCGGUUAACAAUUGCGGCGGCUUAGUAUAUUUGUUUCUGUGAGCAAUGUCACACAGUGUACAGUAUGUGCCAUUCAUUGUGUAGAGUCGUAGCGUCGUAGCGCGAUAGUUAACUUUGUUUCCAGGGGCAUGAAAUAAAACAGAUUGGGCAUUCACUAUUUCAGCACGGCACCGUAGAAUGUUGGGUUUAUAAAGACAAGCAAAUGCCGGUAUGUUGUAACAAGAACCCGGCUCAACAGAAGUUUGGAGCUGUGUUGAUGUGCAUAGCGUAUCUAUGAAAGCUCUAUUACAAUAUGGGCUCGGGGAGGCCAGUGAUGCCAGUGCCACAGUGUGCUAUACUUUGUUCCAGACAGCACAAGUGGUAAAGGUCUCACGUCUCAGCGACAUCAGUGGUAUGCCGCAUUCCCCUCAGUACAAUGGCCUGAUAUAUGUCAAUGCGCGGUGACUGAGUAGUGGUAGACUAACCAACUGUGAUUUACUGAAGGGGACAUAUUACUGAUUUAUUGGAAAGGCUGCUGAUAACAUAUUGCAACCUAUAAAAGUAACAGUGCGAUUUGAGCAUAGCCAUCUAACUGUUUGAAUAAUUUUAACCAUUUCUAGACCCCUGUUAGCCUAUUCUUCAGUGAAUGGACCACAGCCUCUCACAGUUUGCACCCAUUUAUGUAAGUGGCUCCCCGGUGGAUCCUGAUCCCCUCUUUGGGAAACAGCUUACGAUAGGUCUACAUUCCUUUAUGCAACUCUAGUCCCACCAUGGCGGACUGAAUACUCACUGUAUCUCUCCUUGUCGGCACUGUCGCUACAAACCUCCCAAAGAUGGAGGCCGAAAUAUUCUCAAUCCAAUAAAGAAAUCCAUGGCAUUUUUGAAGAGUGGUGUUCAAUUAUCCUAAUUGAGAGUGUUGGGCAGUGACAAUGGGCAGCAGUGUCCUAAGGUCCCAAGGUCACUCACGCUAUCAUUCUGAGGACUGUCUGUGUAGCCUGUUUUAGUGCAUAAUGUAAUCAAAGAGGAAUUUGGGCAAGUAUGUCACUGAACUAUGACAAACAUGUGCUAAACCCUCAAGGGGCCAAAUUGUACAUUCCUCUGUAAUAAAUUAUUCCUUAUUGAAUAUGUAAAAAUGGUGUUUAAUCUCCAAACAAUAUGAUUCAUCAUAUUGUUCACUCUGUAUUCAUUUUCAGUGCUACAGUAAAAAUAAUUUGGAUCAGGACAUUCUGGUCUUUUGACUGACAAAUCAACACUGAUCUUCGUUAGAAAGUAACCUUAGAAAUAUGGCAGGGUGAAUCUAUAUGAAGCUUCUGCUGAUGUCUUAAUGUUUAUUUAUGUGAUUGGCAAUAAAAAGUGUUAGCAUUUGCACAUUUAGGUUCCUCUUUGGCACUAAGGAAGGAAGGGAUUUGGUAUUGGUAAACCCAGCCGAGAGCUGCCCAGUGACGCAAGCCUUCCAGACGAGUUAAAUGCCUUUUAUGCUCGCUUCGAGGCAAGCGACACUGAAGCAUGCAUGAGAGCACCAGCUGUUCCGGACGAUUGUGUGAUCACGCUCUCCGUAGCCGAUGUGAGCAAGACCUUUAAACAGGUCAACAUUCACAAGGCCGCGGGGCAAGACGGAUUACCAGGACGUGUACUCAGAGCAUGCGCGGACCAACUGCCAAGUGUUUUCACUGACAUUUUCAACCUCUCUCUGACUGAGUCUGUAAUACCUACAUGUUUCAAGCAGACCACCAUAGUCCCUGUGCCCAAGAAAGCAAAAAUAACCUGCCUAAAUGACUACCGCCCGUAGCACUCACGUCUGUAGCCAUGAAGUGCUUUGAAAGGCUGGUCAUGACUCACAUCAAAACCAUCAUCCCGGAAACCCUAGACCCACUCCUAUUUGCAUACCACCCCAACAGAUCCACAGAUGAUGCAAUCUCAAUCGCACUCCACAGUGCCCAUUCCCACCUGGACAAAAGGAACACCUAUGUGAGAAUGCUGUUCAUUGACUACAGCUCAGCGUUCAACACCAUAAUGACCACAAAGCUCAUCACUAAGCUAAGGACCCUGGGACUUAACACCUCCCUCUGCAACUGGAUCCUGGACUUCCUGACGAGCCGCCCUCAGGUAGUAAGGGUAGGCAACAACACAUCUGCCACGCUGAUUCUCAACACUGGGGCCCCUCAGGGGUGCGUGCUUAGUCCCCUCCUGUACUCCCUGUUCACCCACGACUGUGUGGCCAAGCACAACUCCAACACCAUCAUUAAGUUUGCUGACGACACAACAGUGGUAGGCCUGAUCACCGACAACGAUGAGACAGCCUAUAGGGAGCAGGUCAGAGACCUGGCAGUGUGGUGCCAGGACAACAACCUCUCCCUCAGUGUGAGCAAGACAAAGGAGCUGAUCGUGGACGACAGGAAAAGGAGGGCAGAACAGGCCCCCAUUAACAUCGACGGGGCUGUAGUGGAGCAAGAGUUUCAAGUUCCUUGGUGUCCACAUCACCAACAAACUAUCAUGGUCCAAACACACCAAGACAGUCGUGAAGAGGGCAUGACAACACCCUAUCUGUCACGCCCUGGCUCUGGGGACUCUAGUAUGUUGAGCCAGGGUGUGAGUUUUCAUUUGUUUUUCGUUCUAGUUUUGUAGUUCUAUGUUGGCCAGUGUGGUUCUCAAUCAGAGGCAACGUGUAUCAGCUGUUGCUUGUUGUCUCUGAUUGGGCACCAUACUUAAGCAGCCAGUUUUCCCACAGUGUUUGUGGGAUCUUGUUCCUGUGUAGGUUUGUGUUUUGCACCUUUGGACGUCACGUAUCGAUUUGUUGUUUUGUUCGUGUAAUCAUUAUUUAAUAAAUAUGUUCACCUUCCACGCUGCGCCUUGGUCCUCUGUAUCCGACGAUCGUGACAGAAGAUCCCACCAACACUGGACCAAGCAGCGUGUCCAGGAGCCAGCGCCAGAGGUAUCGCUAAAGGACAUCAACCUCGACUGGGCCUGGCCCACGGGGAGGAGAGACCCCCAGAACAUUUUUAGGGGGGGGGCUCACGCCGUGGACGACGGGGCAGCAGGAGGCCGCGAUAGAGCGGUCCAGCGGGUUUGCAGAGGAGGCCGCCAGGUUAAGGGGGCCACUGGUCACAGAGGAGAGGGAAAGUGUAGAGGCACGGCGAGAGGUACUGGGGUGUGUUACCAGUCCGGUCCGGCCCGUUCCUGAUCCCUGCGUAGGGCCAGUGGUGUGUGUCCCCAGUACGGUCCGGCCUGUUCCUGUUCCUCGCAUCGAGCCUGUAGUGCGCGUCGUCACCCCGGCCCGGCCUGUUCCUGCUCCACGCACCAAGCCUAUGGUGCGCAUCGUCAGCCCGGCCCGGCCUGUCCCUGCUCCACGCACCGAGCCUGUGGUGCGCGUCGUCAGCCCGGUUCGGCCUGUUCCUGCUCCCCACACCAAGCCAGUGGUGUGCGUCGUCAGUCCGGCACAGCCCGUGCCUGUUCCACCGGUGCCUGGUCCGGCACCGGUCAGCUGCUCCACGCCGGAGCUAGAGCGGUCCGCUCCACCGGUGUUCAGUCCAGCUCCGGCCAGCGGGGUCAGACCGGACCAGGGGUACUUUGGGGGGUUGGAGAGGGAGUGGGAAUCAUGCCCGGAGCCGGAUCCGCCGCCAAGGCGGAGUGCCCACCCGGUCCCUCCCCUGUGGUGUUUGGUUGGCGCGGCCGGAGUCCGCGCCUUUGGGGGUGGGGGGGGUACUGUCACGCCCUGGCUCUGGGGACUCUAGUAUGUUGAGCCAGGGUGUGAGUUUUCAUUUGUUUUUCGUUCUAGUUUUGUAGUUCUAUGUUGGCCAGUGUGGUUCUCAAUCAGAGGCAACAUGUAUCAGCUGUUGCUUGUUGUCUCUGAUUGGGCACCAUACUUAAGCAGCCAGUUUUCCCACAGUGUUUGUGGGAUCUUGUUCCUGUGUAGGUUUGUGUUUUGCACCUUUGGACAUCACGUAUCGAUUUGUUGUUUUGUUCGUGUAAUCAUUAUUUAAUAAAUAUGUUCACCUUCCACGCUGCGCCUUGGUCCUCUGUAUCCGACGAUCGUGACACUAUCCCCCCCAGGAGACUGAAAAGAUUUGGCAUGGGUCCCCAGAUACUCAAAAAGUUAUACAGCUGCACCAUCGAGAGCAUCCUGACCGGUUGCAUCAUUGCCUGGUAUGGCCACUGCUCGGCAUUUGACCGUAAGGCGCUACAGAAGGUAGUGUGUACAGCCCAGUACAUCACUGGGGCCAAGCUUCCUGCCAUCCAGGACCUAUAUAAUAAUAAUAAUAAUAAUAAUAAUAAUAAUAAUAAUAAUAUGCCAUUUAGCAGACGCCUAUAUACUAGGCGGUGUCAGAGGAAGGCCCCAAAAAUGGUCAAAGACUCCAGUCACCCAAGUCAUAGACUGUUCUUUCUGCUACCGAACGGCAAGUGGUACCGGAGCGCCAAGUCUAGGUCCAAAAGGCUCCAUAACAGCUUCUACCCCCAAGCCAUAAGACUGCAGAACAAUUAAUAAAAUGGCCACCCGGACUAUUUACAUUGACCCCCCCCCCCCCCUUGUUUUUACACUGCUGCUACUUGCUGUUAAUUAUCUAUGCAUAGUCACUUUACCCCUACCUACAUGUACAAAUUACCUCAACUAACCUGUACCCCCGCACAUUGACUCGGUACCCCCUGUAUAAAGCGUUGUUGUUAUUUUAUUGUGUUAUUUUUUAUUUAGUUUAUUUAGGUAAUAUUUUCUUAACUCAAUUUCUUGAACUGCAUUGUUGGUUAAGGGCUUGUACAGUGGGGAGAACAAGUAUUUGAUACACUGCCGAUUUUGCAGGUUUUCCUACUUACAAAGCAUGUAGAGGUCUGUAAUUUUUAUCAUAGGUACACUUCAACUGUGAGAGACGGAAUCUAAAGCAAAAAUCCACAAAAUCACAUUGUAUGAUUUUUAAGUAAUUAAUUUGCAUUUUAUUGCAUGACAUAAGUAUUUGAUCACCUACCAACCAGUAAGAAUUCCGGCUCUCACAGACCUGUUAGUUUUUCUUUAAGAAGCCCUCCUGUUCUCCACUCAUUACCUGUAUUAACUGCACCUGUUUGAACUCGUUACCUGUAUAAAAGACACCUGUCCACACACUCAAUCAAACAGACUCCAACCUCUCCACAAUGGCCAAGACCAGAGAGCUGUGUAAGGACAUAAGGGAUAACAUUGUAGACCUGCACAAGGCUGGGAUGAGCUACAGGACAAUAGGCAAGCAGCCUGGUGAGAAGGCAACAACUGUUGGCGCAAAUAUUAGAAAAUGGAAGAAGUUCAAGAUGACGGUCAAUCACCCUCAGUCUGGGGCUCCAUGCAAGAUCUCACCUCGUGGGGCAUCAAUGAUCAUGAGGAAGGUGAGGGAUCAGCCCAGAACUACACGGCAGGACCUGGUCAAUGACCUGAAGAGAGCUGGGACCACAGUCUCAAAGAAAACCAUUAGUAACACACUACGCCGUCAUGGAUUAAAAUCCUACAGCGCACGCAAGGUCCCCCUGCUCAAGCCAGUGCAUGUCCAGGCCCAUCUGAAGUUUGCCAAUGACCAUCUGGAGGAUCCAGAGGAGGAAUGGGAGAAGGUCAUGUGGUCUGAUGAGACAAAAAUAGAGCUUUUUGGUCUAAACUCCACUCGCUGUGUUUGGAGGAAGAAGGAUGAGUACAACCCCAAGAACACCAUCCCAACCGUGAAGCAUGGAGGUGGAAACAUCAUUAUUUGGGGAUGCUUUUCUGCAAAGGGGACAGGACGACUGCACCGUAUUGAGGGGAGGAUGGAUGGGGCCAUGUAUCGCGAGAUCUUGGCCAACAACCUCCUUCCCUCAGUAAGAGCAUUGAAGAUGGGUCGUGGCUGGGUCUUCCAGCAUGACAACGACCCGAAACACACAGCCAGGGCCUAGCCAGUCUCCAGACCUGAACCCAAUAGAAAAUCUUUGGAGGGAGCUAAAAGUCAGUAUUGCCCAGCGACAGCCCCGAAACCUGAAGGAUCUGGAGAAGGUCUGUAUGGAGGAGUGGGCGAAAAUCCCUGCUGCAGUGUGUGCGAACCUGGUCAAGACCUACAGGAAACGUAUGAUCUCUGUAAUUGCAAACAAAGGUUUCUGUACCAAAUAUUAAGCUUUUCUGAUGUAUCAAAUACUUAUGUCAUGCAAUAAAAUGCAAAUUAAUUACUUAAAAAUCAUACAAUGUGAUUUUGUGGAUUUUUAUUUUAGAUUCCGUCUGUCACAGUUGAAGUGUACCUAUGAUAAAAAUUACAGACCUCUACAUGCUUUGUAAGUAGGAAAACCUGCAAAAUCGUUAGUGUAUCAAAUACUUGUUCUCCCCACUGUAAGUAAGCAUUUCACGGUAAGGUCUACACCUGUUGUAUUCAGCGCAUGUGACAAAUAAAAUGUUAUUUGAUUUGAUAAAUCUGUGGUGCCACUGGUGGAGACAUAAAAGAGGAUCCUGCAGAAGGACAGGAGUGAAAUGCAGCUGCAGAGGAGAUACUGGAAGUAACAACAUACACAUAACUUUUAGGACAAUGAUAAAAGGUGCUUAUAGGUAACAUUUAAAGUCCUCAAAGAUUUUUCAAAUGGGCUCAUUUCUAUCUCCACCUAUGCAUCAUUCAACAAGCAAAAUAAAAUAGUGGACUGUCUCCUUUGUGCCAAGAAAGUGUUUGGGCUUGUCACUAGUUUACUGCUAAUGAGUGUAACGUGUACACUGGGAGUCGGGAAGCAAGUACAGGUAGUGAAUUUAAUAAUAACAAGAAACACAAGUAGGUACAGACAUGAAACACAGGAACAAAAUCAAUAACUUCUAGGGAAGGAACCAAAGAGAGUGACAUAUAUAUGGGAGGUAAUCAGGAAGGUGAUGGAGUCCAGGUGAGUCUGAUGAGGCGAUGGUGACAGGUGUGCGUAAUAAUAAGCAGACUGGCAACCUUGAGCGCCGGAGAGGGAGUAUACGUGACAAUACCCCCUCCCUGACGCAUGGCUCCAGCCGCAGGACGCCGACCAGAGGGACGGUCCCGGGGACCAGGAGCGGGCCGAUUGCUUCUGCUGAGGCACAGGAACCUGUCGAGCCGGCUGAGGCACGGGAGCCUGACGAGCCGGCUGAGGCAUGGGAGCCUGACGAGCCAACCGAGUCUUGUGAACCUGUUGAGCCGGCUGAGGCAUGGGAGCCUGCCGAGCCAACCGAGUAUUGUGAACCUGUCGAGCCAGCUGAGGCGUGGGAGCCUAACGAGCUAGCUGAGGCAUCCUCGGUUGCUCCGGCAGCGGCACCCGGACCUGACGUCACCAACAAAAACAAAAAACACUCCCUGAUGCGUAACGUGUAUGCUGGGAGUCGGGAAGCAAGUACAGGGAGUGAAUUUAAUAAUAAAUUAAACAAAACAAGAAACACGAGCGGCGUACAGACAUGAAACACAGGAACAGAAUCAAUAACGCCUAGGGAAGGAACUAAAGGGAGUGACAUACAGUACCAGUCAAAAGUUUAGACACGCCUACUCAUUCAAAGGUUUUUCUUUAUUUUCACUAUGUUCUACAUUGUAGAAUAAUAGUGAAGACAUCAAAACUAUGAAAUAACACAUAUGGAAUCAUGUAGUAACCAUAAAAGUGUUAAACAAAUCAAAAUAUAUUUGAUGACAGCUUUGCACACUCUUGUUCCCACAUAUACUGAGCACUUGUUGGCUGCUUUUCCUUCACUCUGCCGUCCGACUCAUCCCAAGCCAUCUCGGUUGGGUUGAGGUCGGGGGAUUGUGGAGGCCAGAACAUCUGAUACAGCACUCCAUCACUCUCCUUCUUGGUAAAAUAGCCCUUUCACAGCCUGGAGGUGUGUUUUGGGUCAUCGUCCUGUUGAAAAACAAAUGAUAGUCCCACUAAGCCCAAACCAGAUGGGAUGGUGUAUCGCUGCAGAAUGCUGUGGUAGCCAUGCUGGUUAAGUGUGCCUUGAAUUCUAAAUAAAUCACAGACAGUGUCACCAGCAAAGCACCCCCACACCAUAACACCUCCUCCUCCAUGCUUUACGGUGGGAACUACACAUGCGGAGAUCAUCCGUUCAACCACACCGCGUCUCACAAAGACACGGCGGUUUGAACCAAAAAUCUCAGAUUUGGACCCCAGACCAAAGGACACAUUUCCACCGGUCUAAUGUCCAUUGCUCGUCUUUCUUGGCCCAAGCAGGUCUCUUCUUCUUAUUGGUGUCCUUAAGUAGUGGUCCUUAAGGCCUGAUUCACACAUUUAUUUGGGCUGCAAUUUCUGAGGCUGGUAACUCUAAUGAACUUAUCCUCUGCAGCAGAGGUAACUAUGGGUCUUCCAUUCCUGUGGCAGUCCUCAUGAGAGCCAGUUUCAUCAUAGCGCUUGAUGGUUUUUGCGACUGCACUUGAAGAAACUUUCAAAGGUCUUUACAUUUUCCAUAUUGACUGACCUUCAUGUCUUAAAGUAAUGAUGGACUGUCGUUUCUCUUUGCUUAUUUGAGCUGUUCUUGCCAUAACAACACAACUGAUUGGCUCAAAUGCAUUAAGAAGGAAAUAAAUUCCACAAAUUAACUUUUAAGAAGGCACACCUGUUAAUAGAAAUACAUUCCAGGUGACUACCUCAUGAAGCUGGUUGAGAGAAUGCCAAGAGCGUGCAAAGCUGUCAUCAAGGCAAGGGGUGGCUAUUUGAAGAAUCUCAAAUAUAACAUAUAUUUUGAUUUGUUUAACACUUUUUUGGUUACUACAUGAUUCCAUAUGUGUUAUUUCAUAGGUUUUGAUGUCUUCAGUAUUAUUCUACAAUGUAAGAAAUUGUAAAAAUAAAGAAAAACCCUUGAAGGAGUAGGUGUGUCCAAACUUUUGACUGGUAAUUUAUAUAGGGGAGGUAAUCAGGAAGGUGACGGAGUCCAGGUGAGUCUGAUGAGGCGCUGGUGCACGUAACGAUGGUGACAGGUGUGCGUAAUAAUAAGCAGACUGGCGACCUCAAGCGCCGGAGAGGGAGUAUACGUGACAAUGAGCUAUUUGUCCCCGGUUGCACAGAUAAGAGAGUGUCAGUUUGGCAUGCCCCUCUUCCUCCAGUGUGCCUGCCAGGCCCAGGGGAUAAAGAGGAGAUACAUGCCUGGGGAAGCAUGUAUACAUGAGAAGGGCAUACUGCCCCGAUUGCUGCUAAAAUAGCUCUUACUCUAGUACUGCAGACUGUGGGAUAGUUUGAUGUGGGAAGACCUACUGUAUUUCCCCAGGAGCCACGCAGGCAUGUUAUAGUUAUAUAUAGACCAGCCAGUCUUGUGUAUCUGCAGACAGUGGAGACUUGUUGGAUGAGAUAAAUAACCCAUACAUUUAUUGCAUUCCUGAGUGCCCGCUCUGUUCUUCUUGUUCUUCUGACCACAAGGGCGGUAACAAUGCAGGUCACACGGUGGUCGUGGAUGGGAAGGAAUAUGACUUCCACCUCCUCCCCAGCGGGAUCAUCAACUCCAAAGCUCUUUCUGUGAUCGGUGUGUACAUCUCUAUUCCCUGUCAUCAGCAGCUUGCACUGACCAGUCACUCGGCUCUUUGGUUUGCCUGUUAGAUGUAGGCCUACCAUCAAAUCAUAGCCCACUGUGUAUUCUUACACAGAACAUCCCUUCUGUCUCUGCAGGCAAUGGUGUGGUCAUUCAUCUGCCAGGCUUGUUUGAAGAAGCAGAAAAAAAUGAAAAGAAAGGUGGGAAGAUUUUGAUAUCAACAUUAAGUGGAGUCAUUGGCCUAUAGUUUGUCUUAGGAUGUGCAUUUUGAUAAUCUAUUUAGAAAGGAACAGCAGAUGAGAGGACAGAGUGAUUUUGUCUAACUGUUUUAUGUUUCCUUCCCGCAGGCCUUAAAGACUGGGAGAAGAGACUGAUCAUAUCAGACAGGGCCCACAUUGGUAACUAACACUCUUAUUGGAAAACAGCUGCAUGUAGAAGAGAGGGCAAAGGACAUGUAGUUCAGAUAGUGCUAAAAACAGAUAAUACAAACACAAUUGUUUGUUGAGAGUAACAGAUGUGGUGUGAUAGGAUAUAAUUGAUUAUUGCUGAUUGCCCACCAAUCAAUUGCUGAUUGAUUUAUGUUAGCACUUUUUACAGUUACUGUAGGUUAUGUAACAAUAUGGCAAUGCAAUAUUUAAUAUUGUUUGUGUUGUGACAACAAUUUGACAUUGAUCACCAGCUGUGAGACCAUGAUUUUAAGAAUACUUCUUUACAGUGCUGAUAAACAGUUGUUGCAGAUAAUCUUAGAACAUGGAGAGACAUUUAUCCCAUAGUCUCACAUGUUCCGAUGGCAUGUUCUGCUGUUGACAGGCAUAUGUUUAUGUGUCCGUGGUGUGAAAUAACCUGUUUACCCUUUGGACAGUGUUUGACUUCCACCAGGCAGUUGACGGACUCCAGGAGGUACAGAGACAAGCACAGGAAGGGAAAAAGUAAGAACAGGAAAUUACACCUUCUACUGCAGGACUCAAACAACACUUUACUAAAGCCUGCAGGUGUAAUGCAUUGUGAUGCAUUGUAAAACUUGUCAUAAAUCAUGAUACAUUAUAAAGGCAUGCGAUGCUUGUAACGUGUUAUUAAGCAUUACCUGCAGGCUUUAAGUAAAGUGUUACCAGAUUAAGUGUUUUAUUAGAAUCAUAAUUCAUGUAGCGUUGAAAUGCUUAUAUUCCUCAAAUAGUGUUGUAAUUCUUCAUUUACUUCAUACAGUAUUGGAACCACAAAGAAAGGCAUCGGACCAACCUACUCAAGCAAAGCAUCACGUACGGGGCUGCGUAUCUGUGACCUUCUAGCUGAUUUCAAAGACUUUUCUAAGAGGUAAGUCUCACCAUCGUCACCUUCACCCACAGAGACUGAGGGUUAUGGGGAGUGCCAGUUGGCAUUUGGCUCUCUGGACAAUGGGAACAUUUAUUAUGGACAUAUUGCUCCAGUAUAUUCAUGUUCUUCUGAUGGUGGCUUGGUUCUAGGUUCAAGAACCUUGCUCAGCAGUACCAGGCCAUGUUCCCCACAUUGGAGGUAGAUGUUGACGGUCAGCUGAAGAAAUUAAAGGUGGGUUUCAUGAAGUGUGCAUUUUUUUUAUGUGUUUGUUUGUGUAUGUUGACAUGGCUAUGGGGUAAAUACCCCUCAGCUAGUAGAAAAUGUAUGUCAGAAUUGUAACGGAGUGGACACACUCAUAACUCAUCAUCAUCACCCCAUAAUAACCAUGAAAUCCUCUCUGUCAUGGGGUGAGGUCUAAAUUUAGCAUCAGAGAAGCAGAUGAGAAUUACAGUAGCUCUGCUCUCAUGAUCCAUCUAUCCAUAUAGUAGGAACAAAUCUAAUCUUGCAUCCUGUCUAAUCAUAUAGGAGUAUGCUGAGCGGAUAAGACCCAUGGUGCGAGACGGUAUCUAUUUCAUGUACGAUGCUAUUAAUGGACCCCCUAAGAAGAUUCUGGUGGAGGGAGCGAACGCUGCCUUGCUUGACAUUGACUUUGGUAAGGAAUACUAUACUCCCCUGUGGCUGACCGUAUGAGACUGGUAUAGACGCAUGGAUAUGAAUAAGCACUGUUCGCCCAAGAGUCAUGGUACUCACUACUGUAAGUCGCUUUGGAUAAGAGCGUCUGCUAAAUGACUAAAAUGUAAAGGUAUGUUCAUAGACAUGGUAAGUUUCCUUAGAAGGGGUUUGUGUUUGGUUUCUUAAGAUAGGCUAAACAACUAUUUGGGUCUACACAGUCCUUGUUUACACCUGUUGACAUAACCACAUAUACAGUCGUGGUCAAAGGUUUUGAGAAUGACACAAAUACUAAUUUUCACAAAGUCUGCUGCCUCAGUUUUGAUGAUGGCAAUUUGCAUAUACUCCAGAAUGUCAUGAAGAGUGAUCAGAUGAAUUGCAAUUAAUUGCAAAGAAUGAAAAUGAACUUAAUCCCCCAAAAACAUUUCCACUGCAUUUCAGCCCUGCCACAAAAGGACCAGCUGCCAUCAUGUCAGUGAUUCUCUCAUUGACACAGGUGAGAGUGUUGACAAGGCUGGAGAUCACUCUGUCAUGCUGAUUGAGUUAGAAUAACAGAGUAGAAGCUUUAAAAGGAGGGUGGUGCUUGAAAUCAUUGUUCUUCCUCUGUUAACCAUGGUUACCUGCAAGGAAACACGUGCCGUCAUCAUUGCUUUGCACAAAAAGGGCUUCACAGGCAAGGAUAUUGCUGCUAGUAAGAUUGCACCUAAAUCAACCAUUUAUCGGAUCAUCAAGAACUUCAAGGAGAGAGGUUCAAUUGUUGUGAAGGUGUCAGGGCGCCCAAGAAAGUCCAGCAAGCGCCAGGACCGUCUCCUAAAGUUGGUUCAGCUGCGGGAUCGGGGCACCACCAGUGCAGAGCUUGCUCAGGAAUGGCACCAGGCAGGUGUGAGUGCAUCUGCACGCACAGUGAGGUGAAGGCUUUUGGAGGAUGGCCUGGUGUCAAGAAGGGCAGCAAAGAAGCCACUUCUCUCCAGGAAGCACAUCAGGGACAGACUGAUAUUCUGCAAAAGGUACAGGGAUUGGACUGCUGAGGACUGGGGUAAAGUCAUUUUCUCUGAUGAAUCCCCUUUCCGAUUGUUUGGGGCAUCUGGAAAACACCUUGUCCGGAGAAGACAAGGUGAGCGCUACCAUCAGUCCUGUGUCAUGCCAACAGUAAAGCAUCCUGAGACCAUUCAUGUGUGGGGUUGCUUCUCAGCCAAGGGAGUGGGCUCACUCACAAUUUUGCCUAAGAACACAGCCAUGAAUAAAGAAUGGUACCAACACAUCCUCCGAGAGCAACUUCUCCCAACCAUCCAAGAACAGUUUGGUGACGACCAAUGCCUUUUCCAGCAUGAUGGAGCACCUUGCCAUAAGGCAAAAGUGAUAACUAAGUGGCUCGGGGAACAAAACAUCGACAUUUUGGGUCCAUGGCCAGGAAACUCCCCAAACCUUAAUCCCAUUGACAAUUUGUGGUCGAUCCUCGAGGCGGGUGGACAAACAAAAACCCACAAAUUCUGACAAACUCCAAGCAUUGAUUAUGCAAGAAUGGGCUUCCAUCAGUCAGGAUGUGGCCCAGAAGUUAAUUAACAGCAUGCCAGGGCGGAUUGCAGAGGUCUUGAAAAAGAAAGGUCAACACUGCAAAUAUUGACUCUUUGCAUAAACUUAAUGUAAUUGUCAAUAAAAGCCUUUGACACUUAUGGAAUGCUUGUAAUUAUACUUCAGUAUACCAUAGUAACAUCUGACAAAAAUAUAUCAUAACACUGAAGCAGCGAACUUUGUGAAGACCAAUACUUGUCAUUCUCAAAACUUUUGACUGUACAGUAGUCGUUAUAAUGAAAUAGGACGUUUUAAAGGAAGACAUUCCCCCACACAGUUUGCUAGCAAAUGGUCUGGUGCACAUCCAGGAGGCGAUCAGAAAUGCAUUCCUUUAAAAUGUUUCUCUCGUCUCCCAGGAACAUACCCAUUUGUGACAUCAUCAAACUGCACCGUGGGUGGUGUGUGCACCGGACUGGGCAUCCCACCUCUGAACAUUGGUGAUGUGUAUGGGGUGGUGAAGGCCUACACCACUAGAGUGGGCAUCGGGGCAUUCCCCACAGAACAACUCAAUGUGAGUCGAACCCCAAACAUGAUACACUAAAUGCAAAUAAGAGGAGCUAUAGAAUGAAGAACAUAAUGUCAGAAUUCAAACUCAAAGUAGUCAGAACUACACAGAAUAGAGUAGUUGAAGGUCUGAUUGCUCAGACCAGCUUUUCUGCUGGCAUCCGUCCUUACAGGAGGUUGGGGAGCUGCUGCAGACGCGGGGCUGUGAGGUGGGUGUGACCACAGGGAGGAAGAGACGCUGUGGAUGGCUGGAUCUGGUCAUCCUGCGUUACGCCAACAUGAUCAACGGGUUCACCGCGUGAGUGUCACAGCAGGUUUUGCCAUGCCCCGAAUGUUGUGCAGUCCUGUUUUCUUUAUAGAGAAUUUGGGCCACAUUGCCACCUACUGGAUCUUAUUGGGGGGGAUGGCAAGAGAAGAGAGAUACAUUUUAACCUUGUUUUUCAAUCACAGGUUUGCAUUAACCAAACUUGAUAUCCUUGAUGUGAUGGAUGAAAUCAAAGUGGGAGUGUCUUAUAAGCUCAAUGGCAAAAAGAUUCCCUAUUUCCCAGGUAAGACUGACUGAAUUUAGUAGUGUACAUAUUCCUUCAUAAAUGUAUGUGAUGAAACAAACAAAGAAGAUGGUGUUGGCUUUAUAAGAUUAAUUAGGAAAAAAUGUCCACGAAACCUUUCUCCAUGGACUGUAUGACCCAUGUCUUCUCAGCUAACAUGGACGUCCUGCAGAAAGUGGAGGUGGAGUACGAGAAACUGCCUGGCUGGAAGAGUGACACCUCAGCCUGUAGGAAGUGGGAAGAUCUGCCAGUCAAAGCCCAGAGCUACAUCCGCUUUGUGGAGAUCCACGUUGGCGUACCCAGUAAAUAUUCUAUUCCAAAUUCAGGACCUACAUUCUGUUUUUAAAAUAAUGAGAUCAAUACAUUAAAACUUUUCAAUGGCUCUUAAUCAACUUUUUCUCUUUCCAGUCAAAUGGGUUGGAGUGGGCAAGGCCAGGGAGUCUAUGAUCCAGUUGUUCUAGAACACAAGACCUGCAUCAAUCCUUCCUCUCUCAAUGAAGGUGAUUGAGGUGCUAUGGCUUUAUCUGCCCUGGUCAGAUUUCCUCUGUUUUGAAAAUUGUUUUCCUACUUUACGGGGCUGCCGCAGCCACACAAAGUGAGCAAAUAUGUGACUUUGAGACUAGAUGAAUGUUCAGAAAAUACUUCUAUUGAUUGUGUCUCAGUGGCUCUUCUCUUUUGCAAUUUACAAACAAGUUCAAAUAGACUUGUUUAUGACCCAAUUCCUUUCUUUGCACUGAUACAGCAUUUGAGUAUUUCGCGAAAUAUUGUUUUGAUUUGACAUUACUGUCAUGUCAGGUAGCCUACGUUGUUUAGACUUGAAUGAACCUUGGCCAGUAUCUGAUGCCUAAUAUUUGCAUGCUGAUGUAGAACAAUAGCUGAUAUGUGAAACUAUUUUGAACACUGCAAUGGCCAGAAUUAUGUAGUUAUGAGUAUAACAUAAAAAAAAUUAUUCAACCUUUAUUUAACUAGGCAUUUCAGUUAAGAACAAAUUCUUAUUU